CUCGACGCUCGUCACGAAGAUCAAGGGGGAACGUUGCUUAUCAAUUCUCUUUCCUAUAAAAGAUCUCUUCAUCCUUCGAUAUUCGAGUCAAACAUUUCUGCUUUGAUCUCAUUGUAAAAGUUAUAGGAUUAUACCAUCACACCACACGACCCCUUAUACGUCAUCUCUUCUACCCUUGUACUAUCCACUUCCCUUUUCACAACCACAAAUACAAACACAAUGGCUGAAGCUCAGUUGGAAGAUUUCCCUUCGCUUUUCUCCCUGAAGGGCAAGGUCGCCGUUAUCACCGGCGGCUCUCGCGGUCUUGGUCUGCACGCAGCUUCAGCAUUCCUCCAAGCAGGCGCAUCAAAGGUCUUCAUCUCAUCCCGUAAGGCCGCUGCCUGUGAAGAAGCAUGCAAAGCUCUGAAUGCUCUCCCCAACCUUGCUCCCGGUGCUGUUGCCAUCUCAGUUCCCGCGGACUCAUCCAAGUUCGAGGGUGUAGAGAGUCUUCUCGCGCAGGUCAAGAAGCACACCGACCGCGUCGAUAUUCUCCUCGCCAAUGCUGGAGCUACAUGGGGCGAGCAAUUUGACACGCAUCCUGACUCUGCCUUUGCCAAGGUCAUGGACCUCAACGUCAAGGCUGUUUUCAACACAAUCCGUCUCUUUACGCCACUCCUCGAGAAGAGCGCUUCUCUUCAGGAUCCUAGCCGUGUGAUUAUCACUGCCAGUGUUGCAGGACUUGGUGUCGGCACAAUUGGAAAGCAGGGCACAUAUGGUUACUCCGCUAGCAAGGCUGCUGUGCUACAUCUGGGACGCAACAUUGCCAUGGAGCUGGGACCUAGGCACAUCACCGUCAACUCCAUCUGCCCUGGCUUCUUCCCUAGCAAGAUGUCCAAUGGUCUGCUGGAGAUGUCUGGUGGUGCUGAGGAGAUCGCAAAUAGCAACCCCAUGCGCCGACUGGGCAAGCCUGAGGAUAUUGCUGGUGUGGUUGUUUACCUAGCUAGUCGGGCAGGAUCUCAUGUUAAUGGUGAGACAAUUGCUAUUGAUGGUGGUGCCCUGUGGCAGCGAGGCGAGCUCAUGGUUGACUCCAAGUCGAAGCUGUAGGGGCGAUGGAUUCGAAAUGUAUGAUAAAGAACAACCCUUCAUUUAUGGGGAUAUAAAUAGAAGGCAAA